AUGCCAGAACCCGUUCGCUUCCGCAUAGAGCCCACCACUGUCGGCGACGGGCGUCUGCUGCGCUUCCUUACUGAGCAGCAGCCCCCGCAGCCAUCGUGGGAAGCACCACCCACACGGCCUCUUCCCCCGCAGCAGCUGCUGGAGCAGCAGCAGCAAGACCAGGAGCAGCAAGAACGCGCACUCUCAGCCGACGGGGACUCGGCUGGUGCUGCAGCUGCCGCCGAUGGAUCCUCUGAAGCAGCCGCGCCCGCGUUAGCUGCGUCAGCUAGGACAGCAGCAGCAGCAGCAGCAGCGGCGGCCUCCGCCGUAGCCAGUGGGAAAGAUAAGGGCGAGAGGCAGCAACUGCGCUCCUGGUUGGCAGCAGCAGCAGCAAUUGACCUAGUGGGGCCUCCUUUGGAUUUGCUGCAGCAGAGCGGGGCGUUUUUGAUGGCUGUUGACGAGCUACAGCAGCAGCAGCAGCAGCAGCAGAACUUGCUGCUGCGCAAUGAAGCGGUGUGGGCAGCAGCCAUAGCCAGGAGAGACAAAGCAGCACAGAAACUUGCAGCAGGAAGCAUGACGGCAGAUAUGCUGCUGGGGACUUUGCAUGCAGCCCCGGGGGAGCGCUUUCUGACUCUACUACCAGCCGUGGACCAGCCUCGGGAGCAGCAGCAGCAGCAGCAGCAGCUGCAAGAGCAGCAGCAGCAGCUGCUCAUAGGGCUGCAGCAGCGCCACGAGCGCGCAGAAAAGCUGCAAGCUGCUCUUGCCUCGUGCAUCCGCGAGCUGAAAGGCCCCCAUGGGGCUCCUGCUUCUGCACAGUGGCUGCAGCUGCUGCAGCUGCUGCACCUGCAGCAGUGGGAGACCGUCAAAAAGCAGUACCACGCCCUGGAGUUUGAAGUGGUCGACGGCAACUACCCAUACAGGUCUGAAGUGUACGUACACCUCAUGCACGUCGCUUCCACCUGCUGGGGCCCCACACCCGACGCAAGAACAGCUUUGCCGCUGCCGCCGCCGCCGCCUUUUCAAGAGCACUUUGCGCUGUUGUCAGUGGCAGAGCCGCCUGAAGACGCGGACCACCGGCAGCAGCAGCAGCAACAGCAGCAGCAGCAAAUCAGGCUGCAGCUAGAGUUUCCCUCGCCUGUGGGGCCCCUCAUUGAGGGGCACUCGUCGCUGCACUGCAGGGCGGCUCUGCUCAUGCCCUUUCCCGAGCUGCAGCACCGGCGCCUGCAGCAGCAGCACAACUGUUGCUGUUGCUGCUCCCAACGGGGCGCCGCUGCGGCAGCUGCCUGUGGGGCCUUCCGGGCCGAGAGAGAAGCACGUGAAGCAGCAGCAGCAGCAGAAACAGCGACGACAAGCAACCUUCACGGGUCAACGUGCCUGCCGGAGCUCUCGGAGCUCCGGAUGCCCCUUGCAGAUGAGAGCAGCAGCAGCAGCGACAACAGGGAGGUGGCUGCAGCGGCAGCAGAGGUUCAUCAGCACUUAGAAGGUGCCCAGUGGGUGCUAGCGGACUUGGCAGCAGCACACGUCCUCAGCGCGCAGCUGCUGCAGCAGCAGCAAGAGGGGAGCCUUACAGUGGCCCGACGGCACCGCAGCAGCAGCAGCAGUAGCAGCAGCUGGUGUGGAACCACUUGUGGUAGCUCGUGCCUUUCCGUGGAGACUCUGCGCGUCAGCAGUGACCGCGUUGAGCUUCUUAUAAGGAAUGUUCCGGUGUAUUCGCAUCAGCAGCAACAGCAUGAAGAGCAGCAGCAGCAAGAACCUGCUGGCUGCCACACGCAUGAUUUCACCAUCACCAUAUCUUAUGUCCCUUCCGUUUCCCCUGACAGCGACAGCAGCGCCACCGAGAGAAACAGCAACGACACCAGCAGCAGCAGCAACGGCAUUAAUAGCAGCAGCAGCAGCAGCACGGGCUGUUGCGGUUGCAGCCGUUUGCUGCUGCAGCAGUUCGAGCGAGUGGCCGUGCUGUCGCUACGGCAGCUAUUCCUAGACACCUGGGCAGCAGAGGCCUUUGCUGCUCCUGCAGCGUCAGCAGACGGGAUCCCUAAGUCGCCCGCUGUGCGCUUGCUGCAGCAGCAACUAAAGAGGAAGCUGAGACUGCCGCCUGCGGAGCAGCAGCAGCCGCAACAGCUGUCCGGCUUAAGGGGCACAUGCCUCCUGCAGAAUUUCCUUAGGUGGCUGCUAGAAGCAAUGGAGCUGCUGCUGCUGCCACCGCAGUAG